AUGUUUGAAAGACCGGAAGGAAUUGAAAAUUGUCGCAUAUGGAUCGACGGAUGCUUUGAUUUCGCCCACCACGGUACGUCUUGCAAUAUCAUAUUCUAAACCCUUAACGCAAACUACUACUAUGACUCGACCGUUUGACAUUUUACUAACGUUUGCUUUUGUCGCUUCAAUAGGUCACGCGGGAGCAAUGCUACAAGCACGACAACUAGGCCGAGAACUAUACGUCGGGGUCCAUUCAGACGAGGAAAUCUUGGCCAACAAGGGCCCCACCGUGAUGAAAUUGGAUGAAAGAUUAACCGCCGUUGAAGCAUGCAAAUGGUCGAGUAAACCGGUAGCCAACGCGCCCUACGUGACUGACCCCAAGGUAAUGGACGAGUACGGGUGUGCUUACGUUGUCCAUGGCGAUGACAUCACUACUGAUGCCAAUGGAGAAGAUUGCUACCAAUUAGUUAAAGACAUGGGCAAGUUUGUCGUUGUUAAACGUACUCCCAAUAUUUCCACUACCGAUUUAGUAGGGCGAAUGUUGUUGAUGUCCAAGAAUCACCAUUAUCAGGAUUUGAAUCUUCACGGCGAUGCAUUGUUGACUAGCGACAAUUUGGAUCGAUUCACCAAGUAUGCCAGUGACGAAACCGGGUUGCAACCUGGCUCAAUUGUGUAUUUAAACACCCCGACGCAAUUGAAAGUCAUUGUUGAGCCCAAACCGGAGGACAGAAACAAUGCAGACAACGCAAACAAAUUUGUCUAUAUCGACGGUGGGUUUGAUUUAUUCCAUCCGGGCCACAUUGAGGUCCUCAAGAUCGUCAAAAAUCACGCGUUGCAGCUAAAGGCCCAGGUGAUGGUGGGGAUCCAUGAUGACGUAACCGUGAACAAGUACAAGGGUUUGAACUACCCCAUUAUGAAUAUUUUUGAAAGAUCGUUGUGUGUGUUGCAAUGUCGAUACGUUGAUGGCAUAGUCUUGAAUGCGCCCUACGUUCCUACGUUGGAAUUUCUCAAUAGAAUCGGCAAUGUUGUGAGAGUAUACCAUGGCCCCACCGAGAUUGACGGUGAAAUAUACCAGCAGGUGGAAGGGAUAUUUGAAGAACUCCCCAGGCACAAAUAUGACGAAAUCAACACUGAAUUCAUUGUCAACCGGGUGUUGCAGAAUAAAGUUGCCUAUGAAGAGAGGCAAAAGAAGAAAGGGUGGAAAGCUGAAGUUGAGAAAGUGUUGGAGGCAAAUGAGAAACUUGCAAGGGAAAAGGCCAACAGCAAUCAGUAA